GAGAUUGUACCAGUCAGCGGGACCUUAUUCCACACGGUCAUCGAUCUGCCAGAGAACAAGAGGAAACUGUCCACGAAGUCUAAGAAAUGGAAAUCCAUUUUUAAUCUGGGCCGAUCCGGAACCGAAUCCAAAUCCAAAUUAAGCCGCAAUGGGAGUGUGUUUGUUAGAGGACAGAAAGACAUGGGAGAGAAAGCUACGAUCCGACCUGCUAAGAGUAUGGACUCCCUGUGCUCUCUUCCUGCAGAAGGUGAAGAAGAUAAAGGGAGUCGACUCAAAAGGCCUGUGGGCACCGGUGGGUUUUUCAUACCCGUCCUCAAGUCCCGUGCAACUGGAACUGGCAGCACUUAUGAUGUCAGUAAACAAGACAGUGAGUGGGAUGGCGAAGAAAUAGCUGGGGCUGCAGGAGGUUCUAAUCAAGACAAAGCCACCAAAAUGUCUCAGACAAAGCAGCCACCAGAGCAGAUGAAAGUUUUCCGAAUUGGGGAUGAUUCUGAGAAUGAGCAA